UCCGUAGUCCGUAUCCUUCUCCCUUCCCGCAACCAUCUUCUCCCUCAAAAUCUCCCCAACUCCCAACUCCUCCGCCCAUCCAAAUACCAUAAACACACUCCAACUCCUUCCUCCGCGGCCUAAAGUCCCAGUCUUUCUGCUAAAUCCCGCUUAUCCCCCCGUCUUUCCUCGCCUGUACAGCCCCCGGAACCAAGAUCGAUCCUUCCUCGAGGUUCAGUCGCCGGAUUGGAGCAUGAGGCUCCGAUCCGCGCCGCCGGCGAUGCCGCGGCUGCUGCUGGUGCUGGCCGUGCUCCUGUGCGGCUUCUGCUGCUGCUGCGAGGGGAGAUUCGUCGUGGAGAAGAACAGCCUCAAGGUCACGGCGCCGGAUUCUCUUAAGGGCAGCUACGAGUGCGCCAUUGGCAACUUCGGCGUGCCGCAGUACGGGGGCACCAUGGUCGGCGUCGUCGCCUACCCUAAGUCCAACCGGAAGGCCUGCAAGAGCUUUGACGACUUCGACAUCUCCUACAAGGCCAAGCCCGGGUCCUUGCCCACCUUCUUGCUAGUCGACCGAGGAGAUUGCUUCUUCACAAAGAAGGCAUGGAAUGCUCAGAACGCAGGAGUGGCGGCUAUUCUUGUUGCCGAUGACAAGGAUGAGCCUCUAAUUACAAUGGAUACGCCUGAAGAGAGCGGAAGGGCUGAUUAUUUAGAGAACAUCACCAUACCAUCAGCGCUGAUAACAAAAAGCUUCGGGGACAGACUCAGGAAAGCAGUCGAUGGCGGUCACAUGGUUAAUGUGAAUUUAGAUUGGAGGGAGUCCCUGCCUCACCCUGAUGAGCGUGUUGAAUACGAGUUCUGGACCAACAGUAACGAUGAAUGUGGUCCCAAAUGCGACAGCCAGAUUGAUUUCGUUAAGAGCUUUAAAGGGCCAGCACAGAUACUUGAGAAAAAGGGGUACACACAGUUCACUCCUCAUUACAUUACCUGGUAUUGCCCGGAGGCCUUCACACUAAGCAAGCAGUGCAAGUCCCAGUGUAUCAACCAUGGGAGGUACUGCGCACCUGACCCAGAACAGGAUUUCAGCAAAGGAUAUGAUGGGAAAGAUGUGGUGGUUCAAAAUUUGCGACAAGUCUGUGUUUAUAAAGUUGCGAAGGAGAAUAAGAAGCCUUGGUUAUGGUGGGACUACGUGACCGAUUUUGCAAUCCGCUGCCCAAUGAAGGAGAAGAAGUAUACCAAGGAAUGUGCUGAUGGAGUUAUCAAGUCACUUGGACUUGAUCACAAAGCAAUAGAUAAGUGUAUUGGUGAUCCAAAUGCUGAUGAAGAAAAUCAUGUGCUGAAAGCUGAACAGGAUGCUCAGAUUGGCAAAGGCGCUCGUGGCGAUGUCACUAUAUUACCAACACUGGUCAUCAAUAAUAGACAAUACAGAGGGAAACUUGACAAAGGGGCAGUUCUUAAAGCACUUUGUGCAGGUUUCCAAGAAACUACUGAGCCUGCCGUUUGCUUGAGUGAAGAUAUACAAACAAACGAGUGCUUGGAGAACAAUGGUGGCUGUUGGCAUGAUAAGGCUGCUAACAUAUCUGCAUGCAAGGAUACUUUCCGUGGUAGAGUUUGCGAAUGCCCGGUUGUGAAAGGGGUAAAAUUUGUUGGUGAUGGCUACACUCACUGUGAAGCUUCAGGAUCUGGUCGCUGUGAGAUUAACAAUGGUGGAUGUUGGAAAGAGACCAGGAAUGGCCGGACACACUCUGCCUGCACUGAUGGUGGCUGUAAAUGUCCAGAUGGGUUCAAAGGUGAUGGUGUUCACAAAUGUGAAGAUGUUGAUGAGUGCAAGGAAAGGACUGCAUGCCAGUGCAAGGAAUGCAAAUGCAAUAACACGUGGGGAAGCUACGAGUGUGGGUGCGGUGGUGGCUUUCUGUACAUGAAGGAGCAUGAUACGUGCAUAAGCAAAGAUGCAGGAGCACGGGUAGGCUGGAAUUUCCUAUGGUUUCUAUUGUUUGGCCUGGCAGCAGUAGGAAUCGCAGGAUACGCAGUGUACAAGUACAGGAUCCGGAGCUACAUGGAUUCAGAGAUCCGCGCUAUCAUGGCGCAGUACAUGCCCCUGGACAACCAAGGAGAGAUCCCCAACCAUUCUCACCAUAUUGAGAUGUGAAGAGCAGCAGCACAGUCGGUAUGUUUUAGCUUAUUGGAAGGAUGAUUAGAGGAAGAGAAGAACACUUGUCUUGCAUAUGUUGUGUGUAUCGUACUCGGUCAGACCAUCCUGUAAAUUCGUUGGUAGAUCAAACUGGAAGAGAAACACUUGCCUUGAAUGGUGUGAUCAGCUCUUUCUUUUCUGUUUUUUAAUCGGAGGAGAGAUGGCAAACUCA